GUGAGAUAUAUUUUUUAAUUUCUUAUGUGUAGAGAUACUCGUCUAAUUCUCUUUAUCGGAAACUUUGGUUGUACUCGUUCAUUCUUUCCUUAAUAAGAUAUUAUUGCUUUUUCGUGAAAAAAAGAGACUAAACAUGCAUUGAAGCUUCCUGAAAGCGAGUUCACACACUUGCUACGAAAUAUCGAGCCUGUUUUUUAUUUUAUUUUGUUGGAUGCGGAAAUAUCGAGCCUGCUGCGUUUCCCUUAUAUUAUAGACCUCAGAAAUUUUUUGUUUUUGAAAUGCAGCGAUUUGGGGAGUGGGGGCACUUUUCUUGGGAUUCGAAGUGGUGACCAAGUAAACCCCUCGGUCAUAGACCUCAGAAACUUGAGUUGCCGAGAAACUUGAGUUGCCGAGAUAUUUGACCCAAGGUGGAAAAAAUGGCUACAGGUUACUUAGUCCUGUUGCGUUUCCGUUCUUCAGUGUAUGAAUGCUUGAAUUUCAAGGCCUUCCACAUAGCAAUUGUUUUGUAAAGCGAGGAAAGGUCUCCGCAUUGGUCUCAUUGCCACCGCCUUCUGCUAUCUUCCAUUUGGAUAGGCUUUAAUCCUUGUUUACUGCUUUCUAUUCUCCCUCUUUCUAAACUGCUUAAUUCGACUCUCAGGUGCAACUUGAAUAAACCCAUCCAUCAUCUACAAUAUCAGAUUAUCUUUCUUCUCCAAGUUUUCAUCUCAAAUAUCAGAUUUGCUUUAAUUAUAGCUCUGGUGCAUUCAGAGAAACAGAUAUGGACUCCAUUGAGUUCUUUCUAGUUUUCAUCAUAAUUAUCAUGACUCUGUUCUUCAUGUACUUCAGAUCAUUAACAUCUUCUUUUUCUUCCACUUCUUCUGUUGCUGCUGUUGAUACUUAUAUCCGCUCUCUUCCAGAAAAGUAUGAUGUGUUUAUUAGCUUCAGAGGUGAGGACACACGCGAUGGUUUUACCAGCCAUCUUCAGAGGGCUUUGCUUCGGAAGAAUAUUCAGACCUACAUGGAUGACAGACUUGAGAAAGGAGACGACAUUGAACCCGCCCUUCUACAAGCAAUCGAGGAAUCGAAAAUUGCACUAGUCAUUUUCUCAAAAGACUAUGCUUCUUCCACUUGGUGUUUGAAAGAACUUGUGCAUAUACUUGGAUGCAAGAAAAGGAAUGGACAGAUUGUUAUACCCAUUUUUUAUCGCAUAGAUCCAUCACAUGUACGAAAACAAAAGGCAACUUAUGCACUUAAGGGCAGUAGGGAUGAGGUGGCCAACUGGAGGGCUGCUUUGGAGGAAGCAGCCAAUAUUUCUGGGUUUCAUUAUUCAAGAAAAACAGGGAGCACAGAGGCCGAAUUUGUUGAGGAAGUUGUUCAAGAUGUUUUGACAAAAUUGAAUAUGUCUACAGGCUCCCCAAUCCUAAAGCCUACAAUUGGUGAUAACAAGAAAUCAUCUGAGGAUGCUAAAGUGAACAUGGAGCAGGAAAACAACAGCAGCUCGAAGCCCAAGAAUAAUACUAAGAGAGGUGAGGCGGAAAGAGGCGAUACCUUCAACUUUUCUGGGAAUACAAUUAAGGGGAGAUAUUCAGGUAGUGUAGGAAUUUUCGACUUUGCCAACAAAAACGAAUAUAAAGGCCACAAGAAAGAAAAACAAGCCGACUCAAGUAGUGGAGAAACCGACUCGGCCUUCGGCGGUGAAAACGAAGAGUGAACUCAGAUUCCUUCGUGUGGUUCUACUAUCUAACGAUUAUGUGCAGCGAUCAGUGAUCCAUGAUGAUUGAUGACUAUCAUAGACAGGCAAUAAGGUCCCCAUGAUUGAUGAAAUUGUUUCUUCACCAAAGGUGUAUUUCCUUGUAGUGGAUGAAAUGAAUGGAAUACAAACUCAUGUGCAGAAAUAGAAAUCAUAAACAAACUCUGCUGGUAAACUCAUACAGGUGUAAAACCAAU